UUUACCGGGGAUUUCGCGGCUUCGAACGACCCCGCUAAGUCAAUAGUCGAGAGGCCGUCGUUCAAUGACGUCAACUCGUGAAUUCGCAUCCCAUCGUGUACUUGUUGCAGAGAGUGCUAUUGGCCUCUAUGCAUUGACCUCUCACUGUGAAGAAAAAAAAGUCAAAGUCGAUGUUUUUUUUUUUAUUAGUACCGCCCUUUUAUAUAAUAUUUUUGGAAAUUAAGGAAAAAAGUAUGGGGUCAAGAUUCUUUUCGAGCGAUACGCUCAUAGGGUUGAUAUAGGGGGUGCUAGAGAACGAGACAGAGAAACAGAGUUCAAUUAUAAACGUCAACUAACAAGAUCCAAGGGAGAGAAUCAAGUUGAAGAUAAAAAAAGGUAGAGGUCUAUAUGAAUAUUUUAGGCUGGCUAAUUAAAAUUUGACAAGAAAAAUGGAUACAGGAGGAGGAACAAACAAGAAACAAAUCCGAGUUGGAUUUUAUGACAUCGAUGGUACCAUUGGGAAAGGAAACUUUGCUGUCGUUAAAUUGGCAAGACACCGAAUUGCCAAAACCGAGGUAGCUAUUAAAAUUAUCGAUAAGACUCAGCUAGAUCCAACGAAUCUCGAAAAAGUUUACAGAGAAGUGGAAAUUAUGAAACAAUUAGAGCACCCACACAUUGUUAAAUUGUAUCAAGUGAUGGAAACGAAAAAUAUGAUAUAUAUGGUUUGUGAAUAUGCGAGCAGAGGUGAAAUUUUCGAUUAUAUUGCAAGAUAUGGCAGAAUGGGUGAGCCACGAGCUCGAUCAACGUUUGCUCAAAUUUUAUCAGCGGUUGAAUAUUGUCAUUCGACAGGUGUUGCUCAUCGUGAUUUAAAAGCUGAAAAUUUACUUCUCGAUGCUCAAAUGAAUGUGAAAAUUGCUGAUUUUGGUUUUAGUAAUAGAUUUACGCCUGGAGAACGUUUGAGCACUUGGUGUGGUAGUCCACCUUAUGCUGCACCGGAAGUAUUUCGCGGUAAACAUUAUGCCGGACCAGAAAUUGAUGUUUGGAGUCUAGGAGUUGUUCUCUAUGUUUUGGUUUGUGGAGCACUGCCAUUUGAUGGAUCAACUUUACAAUCAUUAAGAGAUCGCGUUUUAAGUGGAAGAUUUCGUAUUCCAUAUUUUAUGAGCACAGAAUGUGAGAGUUUAAUUCGAAAAAUGUUGGUUCUGGAGCCAUCGAAACGGUACACAAUUCCCCAAAUCAAAAGACAUCGAUGGAUGGCUGGAGCCGCUGAUGCAAUUUAUACAACAGCUUCUACAAUUCCCAGUGCACAACAAGAACCCAAUGAUCAAAUUCUCAGACUUAUGCAUAGUUUGGGAAUCGACGUUGCACGUACAAGAGAGUCGCUGAGAAAUAAUAGUUACGAUCAUCACGCGGCAAUAUACUUUUUACUAUUGGAGCGAGUUAAACAACAUCGGACCAGUAAUUCCAACAACAGUUGUUGGUCUUCUGCGACAAGACAAAAAGAGGACAAAUACAAAUCAAGAAGAGAAGAAAUGGGUAGAGCAGGAAAAAGAUUCAGUUCAACGAGUUCAUCAACAGAUGAGGGAUGUUGCAGUGCUGAGGGUGAUUUAGAAGAGGGUCCAAGUGGCGAUGAAUUAAGAGAAGCACAAAUAAAAUUGGAGGAACAUAGAUUGGGUCUGGAUCAAGAUAUCAGUCAAAGAAUUGAUAGUCAAAUUGUGAAUAAAAGGUUGAGUGAUUAUCAGCAACAUCAUUUUGAUGGUCCAAUAUUGGACUCGGUGGAAUCAUCAAGUAGAGCUGUACUUUUUGCGACUGGUUGCAGUCGUGGUAGUUCAUCAUCAGAAUUAUUUGAAUCCAGUUUUGACUCUGGCUGCCCACCUGAUUAUUCAGUAACAAGUGCAUGUUUCACGAGCAGUUUGCCAUCCUGCACGCCUCCAAUACCACAAAGUCCAUCUCCUGUAGCUAGAAUAUCGAGAGCCUCACAAGGAAGACGAGCAUCUGACGGUGGUCCACGAUUAUUAUUUAGUCAACAAGGUGGAGGUGAUAGGCCAGUUAAGCAGCGAAGCAUUCAAGACUCAGGAAAGGCAAGAGGUCAUUUGGAUCUUGUCCAUUUGAGAUCACCCUCAACACCACCGCAAAAUCAUCAAUCACAUUUUAAAAUACGCGCAGAAUCUGGAACUCAAUUGCAAUUAUUGGUUCAGCAGAGAGUACUUCAGCAGAAGAGAAAUUUGUAUCAUAGACACAGAGGUGGAGGUAGUCCAACACCAAUUCCUGUGCCAUUGAGUGGAUUUUCACGAUUAGGAGGUGAAAAUGUCCCACGUCAAGAUAGUUACAAAUUUGCUCAAAGAAUGCAAAUUAUGCCAACAUUAUCACAAGAGCAUGGAGACGAUGAUUUUGCUCGAAAAAGAGAACGCGAGGAAGAAAGGUGGAAGAGUUUGCCGUCACGAUUAGCGGCAGAUUGUCAAUUAGCUGAAAGAACACUCCUAUGGAGUCAUCAGGUGGGUUUGGGAGGAGGCGCAUCUUACUUACCACCCGGAAGUGUGGGUGGUUUCUUAUGGCCUCCUGGAAGCAGUCCUCACUCAACGAUUUUUGAAAAUGUCAACGAUUCAAUGGAGUGAUUAAAAAUCUACUUUACAUCAAAAGAAAUAAAAGACAAAUGAUGAAAUUUACAAAGAUUUUUUAAAACAAGAAGAAAGCCAAUAUCCAGGCUGAACUGUGGUCAAUAACUAUUUCUAGUUUUUUUUUCAUUCCACAGCAAUAUGAGAUUAAUCAAUUUUCUACAUUCCAUUUUUUCACAUCGACCAGAAACAUUUAUAUUAUAUAUAUUUUUUCUCUUCUAAUUUAUAUAUAAUUAAAAAAUAGAUUUUUCAUCAUUUAUAUUAUUCCAAUAAAUUCAAUAUCGUCUUGCCAGAUGUUGAUUACUUAUUAAAUUUUACAAAUUUUUUUUUAUCUAGAAAAUGAUAUGCGAAAUAACUAUAAUAUCGUUAGCUUUUAAAUUAUAUGAUAAAGAAAUUGCGAACGGCUGAUGGCACGUGCUACCAAAAUGUUAUCGCUACAAAAAAAAAAUAUAUAUAACUUAGUUCAAUCUUAGGGUCUCUUAGAGUCUCUACAACGCAUUCAUGUAGGGCAUGGUCAUCAAACUGUGCUUUCUUGAAUUUAUCGCGGCGAUAUAGUCGCGAUGCGACGUCAGUCGGCUUUUAUCAAUUUUCUCAAAAAAAAAUCAACAAAAAAUUUAAUCUUUUUCUCUUACAAAAACUAUCAUAUUUUGCAAACAAAGUUGAAUAUCUUUCUAAAUUAAAAACAAAUAUUUCACAGUAGACUCAAAUUAUAAAUUUUUAAAAUUAAAUUUUUUCUUUUUUUUAAUAUUUUUUUGUUAUUAAAUUAAAUGAGAAAAUUUUCAAAAAAAAGUCGUCCGACAUUGGUUCGCGAUUAAAUUGUGUUGUUUAUCGACGUUCAUUAUAUAAUUAAUAAGGAAAACAAUAAUCAUAAUUAAGAAUAGUCCAGCGUUUCGAAGGUAGCACGUACGCCUUAUUAUACGACUGAUAUAUAUAUAUUAUAUCUCUAUCGAAUACCAGUUUUAUUGAUAGACUGAUAAAAGUAAAUUAAGCAACACCAUAACUAUUAAAAAAAAAAAAAUCGUACGAAAGAACAAAAGUGACGUGAGUCUCAUUUUUUUAUACUGUUCUAUUUUCUAUUAUUAUUGCACUUUUAAUCAUAGUGUUAUAAAUACGAACGUGGAAUUGUAAGGGUUGAUCUCGAUAAACGAGAAUUAAGUUCAGAUAAAGUCCAACAUUCUGUAGUCAAUCUCUGCUUUUUUUCAAUUAACAUAUACGAAGAUGAGCAUUGAGAGAAAAUGAUUUCGCAAAUAAUUAUGAUAUUUUGCAAAAAUGCAAAAAAAAAGUUUUGCUCAUCUCCAAUUUUUCUCAACUGCCAGAAUAUAUGUAAAUAAUAGAAAUUUGUGCUCAAAGAUAUUAAUUGUUAUGGAGUAGAUGUUUCAAAAGAAAAAGUUAUCAGCAGUGAUGCUGGCUGCGAAUGUAGGAUCUUAAAAAAAGGUAUAUAUGAAACUCACGCCAUGAAUGUCUCUUUUGAAAGAUGACAAAAGAGUGGAAAAAAAUGUUAUUAAAAGUAAAAGAAUGUUAAAGAACGAUAAAAUAUACAUCGAUUGCCUAACACGAUACGUACAAAAAGAAAAUUUGUCGUGUCUCUCUUCCACUCUUAAUAUAAUAGUGUCCAAAAAAAAAAAAAAAAAAGAAAAAAAAAAAAAACAUUUAAUGAUGAUAAUAAAAGUUGCAAUUAGAAAAUAAAAAAAAAGUAGUUGAUGCAAAAUAUAAAAAAGAUUUUAAAAACUGAGUCUUUUUUAAUAAAAUCAGAUAGUGAAAGUAGUUUAUAAUAUACAAAUAUAUAUAUAAAGUUAAAUAAUCGAAUAUAUAACUUUAUAUAAAAUUAUAAAAUUUAAAGAGAUAAAAUAAUUUUUUUCACGAAUUAUUCAUCACUAUUUGAUUUUAUUAAAAUAAUAUUAUAGCGAAGAAGGAAGAAGUGUUGCGUUCUUCAUAGAUCAAUCAAUAAAAUAUACAAUUUUUUUUAAAACCCCGUUUUACUAGAUAUAAAUGUUUACUAAUAAAAUAAAAUUUAGAACGUAAUUUUAGAAUAAAAAAAAAUCUGAAAAUACAAACAUCAUGUCUAUUAGAAAAGAAAAUAUAUAGAGCCGGCUCAAAAAAAAAUUGCCACUUUUUGAUAAUGUAAAAUAGAAUAAUGUGUUUUUUUCUUUGAGUAAAGAGAAAAAAAACGAAUACAAGACUUAAAAAGAGCGAGAAUAAGGACUAAUACACACUUGGCUUCAAGUAGAUUUAGGUUUUGCAAAAAUGGUGACGAAAUCGGGAAGUGGCAU